UCAGGCUGAAUUCACUGUCAAAUCAGAAAACCCUAAAUGAAACAAUCUGGCUAACUGAUCAAUAUCCAGCUAAAGCCCUGUGCUUUGUCUUCCUCCAAAACCUCUGAAUCAAUGGACAUCAAGAGUGAUCCUACUGUGGAUAGAGAGAGGAAGCGACUCAAGACUAUUCAACAAAGUUCCACCGUCGCCGAUUGCGAUUCCGUCCAAGUCCUUCCUUACCUGCCAACAGACAUUAUUACACAAAUCCUAAGCAUACUUCCCGUCAAAAUCCUCGUCAAAUUUAGGUGCGUCAGCAGAUCCUGGCGCAAUUUGAUAUCUGAUCCCAUAUUCAUCGAGAAGCAUCUGAGAGCUUCCGCCCAAGACGAGGGUUAUGCACACCAUAGGAUUAUUAUGAACUCCGCUUGUCGUCGUCGUUUUGAGGUGAAAUCAUGUUCACUUUCUACUGUUUUGCAUGAAGAAACUCCUAUUAUACAUGACCACUGUUAUCCAUUGAAGCACCCGCGACGCUCUGUUUUGAUAGUUGGUUCAGUGAAUGGAUUGGUUUGUAUAGUUGUAGACAAAGAUUCUGUCUUUUUAUGGAACCCAUCUACCAGGAAAUCGAACAAACUGACCAAUUGUGGUUUUAAAAAGCGUUCAGGUGUACACAUUGUAUAUGGGUUUGGCUAUGAUGAAGCCAGUUCCAAUUAUAAGGUUAUUGUUACUAAAUAUGAAAAAACUGCAGAAGGCCCUUUCAAGACUGAAGUAAAGAUUUAUGGGUUCAAGAGUGAUUUAUGGAGGAAGCUUGAAAAAUUCCCUGAAGGCAAUCCCACGGAUGGUCCGGGCACGUUUGUGAGUGGAUCACUUCAUUGGGCUGGAAGUGGGGAAAUGGAGUUAAACCAUUCUUGGAGUAUUCUGAGACCUAUUGUCUGUUUCGAUUUGUCGAAAGAAACUUAUUCUGAAUUCUCGCAACCCUAUUAUGGGGAUGGUGCUUCGAAUUCAAAGCUAGGAGUUUUAUGUGACAACCUCUGUCUUCUAUGUAACAUUGAUUAUAGACAUGCUGAUAUAUGGGUGAUGAAGGAGUAUGGAAAAGAAGAGUCUUGGUCUAAGCUGUUCACAAUACCGUAUUUACACCAGCCAGAUGUUUUCCCGUAUUCCGUGCCCUUGUGUAUUUCUUUUACGAAAACUGAAGUGCUUUUGGUGAUAGGAUCGCGUUUGAUGUUGUAUAAUAUGGACGACCAAACGGUUAGGCCUACCAACAUUCGAGAUUACUUUCAAGAAUACCACAAUUGCCUUAAAGCAUACACUUAUAUCGAAAGCCUAGUCUCGCCUUAUCCUGAAUGAUGCAGCAGAGAGAGAUGUGAUCGAUGGUGAAAUGAAGAAGGUUGAAUGCUGCGACUAGGAUAGUCCUAGUCUUUGAAGAUGAAGGGUAAAAGAAGAAAUGUAGCUAAAUCGUAUACUUUCCUUAAUGCAGUUUAAUAAGAAACUCUCCCAGCAAUUUUGUUUUUUCAUUUGUUAUCAAGUGAUUGAAUUAUAUCACAUUUUAUUUUGUAACAAA